AAGAUUUGCAUCAACACAAGUUUCAGUUCAACAAUGUUCUAUAAAAAAUUGCUACUGCUCCUUAUUGGAGUGGUGUUUCUCACCACUCCUACCUUUGCAGAUUACUAUCAGCCUCCCACUUAUAAGCCCCCUGUUGAGAAGCCACCGCUGUACAAGCCCCCUGUUGAGAAGCCACCGGUCUACAAGCCCCCUGUUGAGAAGCCACCCGUCUACAAGCCCCCUGUAGAGAAGCCACCCGUCUACAAGCCCCCUGUAGAGAAGCCACCGGUGUACAAGCCCCCUGUAGAGAAGCCACCCGUGUACAAGCCCCCUGUUGAGAAGCCACCGGUGUACAAGCCCCCUGUUGAGAAGCCACCGGUGUACAAGCCCCCUGUUGAGAAGCCUCCGGUGUACAAGCCCCCUGUUGAGAAGCCUCCCGUGUACAAGCCCCCUGUUGAGAAGCCUCCCGUGUACAAGCCCCCUGUUGAGAAGCCUCCCGUGUACAAGCCCCCUGUUGAGAAGCCUCCGCUGUACAAGCCCCCUGCUGAGAAGCCUCCCGUCUACAAGCCCCCUGCUGAGAAGCCUCCCGUCUACAAGCCCCCUGUAGAGAAGCCACCCGUGUACAAGCCCCCUGUAGAGAAGCCACCCGUGUACAAGCCCCCUGUUGAGAAGCCACCCGUGUACAAGCCCCCUGUUGAGAAGCCACCCGUCUACAAGCCCCCUGUUGAGAAGCCUCCGCUGUACAAGCCUCCUGAAGAAAAGCCACCCGUCUACAAGCCUCCAAUUGAGAAGCCACCUAUUUACAAGCCACCUGUGAAAAACCCACCAAGCUAUCAGCCUCCACCUUAUGGUUACUAGCCCCCAUCAUCAGCCAUGAACUAUUGAGUAUCUUUCGAUCUUAAACAUAUUUUGGCAUUCUAAAAAUAAGCGAGCUUGUGAUCUACGCAGUUUGUCAUCAAGUGUUUAAUAUUUUACCAACUCUAUUUUACUUUGGCAUUGUUGUUAAGCAUUUAUAUUAUAAUUUUAAUAUUGAUCACUUAUAAAAAUGUCUGUUUCGCCCUGCU